GCACUUCAGAUUAAUGAUGUGUUGCAUUGAGCAUUAUCCUGACGAACCGACGUUGACUCGUUACCAGUCUGUGUAUCGAGUUGAUAGGGGUGUGGAAUUAGAAAUUUUUUACCAUUCAAAGAAAUACCUCAUUGUGACCAUUAACACGAACAGGCCAUGCCAUGAAAUUGCACCUUUAUGUACAAAGAUUUGGCUGUUUAUCAUUGAAAAGCUCCGCGAUUUGAAGGAACUAGGGUUGCCGAAUUUCCAGUUUUCAGUAAACAUUCAACGUUCAGGACCAGCUGUUGCUGUGGAUCCCACUAAGCUAGUAUGUAUAGACGACUACAAAGCAAGUGAAGACACGCAACUUAGAGAAAAUGAAAGCAAACGUGAUGUCGAGUUGGAUCACAAUGAAAAAGCUGCACUAGACUGUUGGUUUUAUGAACAGAGAAAUGAUGCUCAAGGAACAGCACAAGAGCUAAAGUGUCGAGCAGACAGCGCAUGCACACACGAUGAGAUUGUAGCUGUAGCAUCGAUUGUAUCCGCUGAUUGGGAACGUCUUGUUUCAGAGUUGUCAAAAACUUUUACCGUGAACAAGAUAGAAGAGAUACAGUAUGACCAGAAGAGAAGGUACAUGCAAGCUAGAAAGGCAUUGGACGUGUGGACUAAAGAACGUGGUAACGCAGCCAGCCAGCAAUUACUGAUCAAAUCAAUGUGUAAGAUUCAUUGGAGAUUACAAGCUGAGGAAGUUUUUGGUAGAGAACUAGUCCAGUAUGUUAGUCCACAAAAGAAUGAUUUGAAAUGACUAAUUAAGAUUUUGAUUACAUUAUGAUGCAAGUAUUCUUUAAUGGUGUCUAGUUUGAACUAUGAUAGUGUAGGUAUCUUUUUUAUCAUUUGACAAUCAUUUAUCUAUACAAGUCACUUGAAGUGUAAAUAUAGUUUGUGAUGAUUAAAGAAAGUAGGCGUUAGUAAUCACGUGCGUUUUGUUCUAUUUCUAUCAACUAUCCCUAUUAUAGUUAGUUUGUCGACUCUAGUUUGAUGUCCUGAAACUUGUGUGUCUGGAAUCACUUGGACUGACAAGAUAUAACAAGUUGAUCACGUAGGAGGAAGUUAACAUCCAAGGAAGUAUGUAAGCAGAACCUUUGAUUUAUAUGUUGGUAAUAAAGCUCUUAGUAGUACGGGUAUCUACAUGCUCUGGCCAUACACAUACUGUAUCUAUAUCACGUAUACAGUAACCAAAACUUA